GAUAAACUUCAUUUGUUUGCUCUCCUAUAAAACAAAAUCUAAAAGUAAUCUUUUAUCUAAAUUUUCUUUUUGCUAAAAAUGUUUAAAUUAAUAUAAUGACUAAAUAUUUAGAGUGUGUCUGCUGCUGUCCAGCUUCUAGUUCGUCUAUAGAGACAAAAAUAUUAUGUGAUAAAGAAUAUAAUUGGUGCCCAUUUUUGUGUAACCGGCAGUGUCCAACUUCAUAUAUAUAUGCUCACGGCUAUUCUAUGCUUAAAAAAAUUUGUCAUAAAAUAAUACAAAAUUAUAAUAGAAAACAGUGCCGAGAAACCUAUACAGUCUUUGGUGGAGGGAAUAGCACUAAGGAUCGACCCCUAAUUGAAAAACAUAAGGGUAAUUUCGAGGCAUACGGCCUAAAAAACAAUAAAAAGAACGUUGUUAGAGCUGUAAUGGAGAAUGAAUCCCAGAAAAAAAUGGAUAUCUUUAAAGGGCUGCGAGCAUCCAAGGCUAGAAUAAGAAGGGGGUAUGAAGAAGAUAAUGAUUUAAUAAUAUCUAAAAGGUUCACGGGUGUAGGUGCUAAAAAACGUGGACUGUAUGCCAGCAGAAUCGAUAAUGAAUUGAAAAAAAAAAAAAGUUUGGAAUGGGAUUCAAGAAAAAACAAUCAAGUAAAAAAAAAUAAAUUGAAUGAAUUUAAUAAGAAUAAGGUUUCUAAAACAGCUGGAAAGAGUAUAGUCGAUAUGCAAUUAAAUGAAAAUUACUUCGAUACAAAGAAAUAUGAUAAAAACAAAGGACUAGAAGGGAAUGGCCGCCAUCCCGCUCAAGAAAAAUCGAACGAAAAUGGAAAAUUUAAAGAUCGAGGCGGGAAAAACUUUGAAAACGAUUUGCCAAAAAGAAAUGAAAGGAGUGACAUUGAUAUGCACUGGAAUGAAAAUUACUUCGAUACAAAGAAAUUUGAUAAAAACAAAGGACUAGAAGGUAAUGGUCGCCAUUCCGAUCCUAAGAAAACGAAUGAAAAUAGAAAGUUUAAAGAUCGAGGCGGAAAAAACCAGGAAAACUAUUUAAGUGAAAAAAUAAAUGAAAAGUUUACGAAAAAAAGUAAAAAUCGAUGGAGUGAUAGUAAGUACGAUGAGAGAGGAGAAAAACAACUAAAUCCAGAAAAGAGUCAAGCUAAUUUCCAAAUAAAACGGGAACACAUUAAAAUGCAACAUGGGGUAAAAGGUGAUUCUGAUGUAAACGGUCAGUCCGACGAGCAAUUGAAAUGGGACCCUGCCUUUAAUAAAAUGAACCUUGUUGGCAAAAAUGUCAACAAAGCUUCAAAAAAUGAAGAUUCUGAAACCCCAUUAAAGAAAGAAAGGAUAAGGAGAAAUACACCGAACUCGGAUAAAACAUCACAAAGCCCCAGUAGCAAAAACAAUGAUAAAUCGAAGGCUGUUAAGAGCGUAUUAAAUCGAGGACAUGCUCGUUACAGAUGCAAGAGUCUGGGGUAUAUGAAAGAACACUUACGUUUUGGUCGACUCGUAUGUCCUUCGGAUUUGCUUCGUGUCAAGCUAGAGGAGCGCGAUCUGUACAGAUGUAUUCCGUACUGUAACACUUCGGUAUACCAGAGGUGUAUGCCCUAUAAAUUCAUAUGCCAAUGCUGUGCCGCUCCAUGACAGUAAAAACAUUGUUCUCUUAAAAAUAUUUUUUCAUUU